AUGCGCUCGCCCUCGGCGCAGCGUCCCCCCGCUUUGGACGAGUCGGACGCGGUGGAGGUCUCGGCUGGACCGGGGCUCCUGGACUUGCCUCCGGAGGUCGUCGUCCAGGUCUUCUAUCAGCUGGGUAUGACGGACCGUCUAUGCCUAUUGAGGGUCUGCAAAUCCCUACAAGAGGUCUACAACGAAGCAUCUAUCCUGCAAUACGAGUUCGCCCUGCGUACCUCUGCUUACCUCGAUGUGGCGUUCGAGCAUGCUCAGAUCGAAGAGGAAGAUGAAGAGAAUAGUGUGGAGCCACUCACGGUCGGAGGCGGGUGGGACGAGCCAGAUACCGAGCGUGGCCGAGGUCGUACCUCCUCUCGUUUAGGCGGCUCCUCGACCCACCCCUCAGUCACCUUUCCCCUCCCUUUCGAUCCGCCCCUCUCGGAGCGAGUCUAUCGGCCUUCCAAUCGUCCUCUAGGAGCAGCCGAGAAAGCUGCCCAGCUCAUCGAGCGCGAGAAGCGGUGGUCGAAAUUGACCGAGGUUGAUGAGAGGCGGUUUCACGUCAAGGGGCCAGCAGUGGUGUAUGAGCUCCAAGAGGGCUUGUUCCUCAUGUGUGACGAGUACAAGGAUUCUGCGGAUGGCAAGCCAGAUACAAUCCGUCUUGUCCCUCUGCCGUCGGCGAUGGAUCUGGAUCUGGAUAAUCCGCCCAUCCCGCUCAAGUCGGCCAAGCUGCCUUUUUCUAUUGCCGACUUGACUAUGGAUCCGACCCAGGAUCUUAUUGUCGUCAGCGAGCAUCGCCCCGCUUCUUCAGACCCGACCACACCUGGACCCACACACCGAUAUCACCUCCUCACGCUCUCCACUUUCGCCCCUCACCCACUCGCAGCCUUCUCCGAGCUCGACUUCCCACCCUACCUCCACCCGAUCAUGUCCACCCGACAACUCCUGCAAGUCAUGGGUGACGUCCUGGUCGUUAUGGUCAGCCGGUACAUGGCGUCAUGGCUUCUCGCCGGACUGGGUAUGAACAUGCCGAUGGCGAGCCAUGGGAACGAGGAGGAGAUUGUUUGCUGGAACUGGAAGACUGGGAAUGUCCUAGCUCGCUUGAGCCUUCCCGAAAACCCCUGGCUGGCAUCAUUUGCCCUCCUCACGCCUACAUCGUUCAUGAUCACCUCCACCUCCAAUAUCUCUACCGUGCUCGACCCAGAACCUCGUCCGGCUCCGCCCACUGUCUUUCCCCCGGUCGUCCAGAUCUACAGCUUCCAGCCUGAUCCAUACCACGCGGUCAACCCUGCCCAGCCCCUCCUCGCUGAGUUCCACGACGACUCCACCCCUCGUCCCGUCCUUCUUGCGCAGCUGGAACUACCGCGCUUCGCCGCCGGUGCGGUGGUCGACGGAUUCGAUAUCCGGCCUGAUCCAGCUUUCCCACCUCGAGAACCUGGGCCGGGUGGCGAGUCCUCCGGUCCCAGAAUAGGCGGAAGCAAGCCCUUCACACAAGAUCCGGGGAAGGGGGUCGUUGUGUUGGAUCUGCAGCUGAUCGAGCCUGCUGAGGGUGGCGAAGGUGGCACAGGGGAGAAGGUGUCGUAUGAGCUGUUUGUGCUCAGGGAGACGUUGGUAGAUUUGGCGAAAGCGGGAGAGGAGCGCUUGAGAGCAGCAAGGGACGAAGGGGGCACGGAUGGUUUCGAGAGGUUCAGAGUGGAGGAGGAUAUCAAGUGGGAAGAUUGGGCAACAGAGGGAGCGAGGAUGAUGGAUGCGUCCAUGCCGACACGGAGCUGGGUCUGCUCAUGCUCGGGCUACCGCUUCAUCUCCCUCAUCCCCUCCGACGACCUCUUUCUUGCCCCGCCUGGCGAGCCUGACGCACCCCGCCGGUCCGACUUGCUCCUGAUGGACUUUUCGCCCUACUCCGUCCGGCGAGAAAUUGGUCUCUCCAAGACCGCCCUGGCACCAUGGGACAAGCUUCAGGACAUCCCUACUUCCUCUGCGCCCGCCCCGCUCUCCGACGAAGAUAUACGAGAAGAGGAGGUGGAUGAGGAUUAUGAAGUCAGGGUGGUGACUGCGCCGACGGUCCUGGAGAGGCGGAGAUUGUGGCGGGAGGAUGUUGUUUCGGGGUUGCCGUUCAGGGAGGUGUGGCGCAGGAAAGAGAUGCGCGCGAAUGGGGUGAUGAUUGAUGAUCAGCGGGUGAUUGUGGUAUGCACGGAAGGCAAGAGGCAGGGAGAUUGGAGCAGGGUACAGCAGACUAUGACGGUACUCUGCAUGUAG